AUUCUAUGCUUUUUUCCUGGAGCUUUCCCCGCGAUUGCCACCUCGUACGCCAGUUCAAACCUGAUUCGCGGAUAUUCAAAUUUCCAUUUCUCAGGAUUUGCGAUAUCGUACUCUUAUCAUGGUGGCAUUGUCAAAUAAAAGAGAUACAUCGGCACACCUCGAAGAAAAGGAUGUGGGAACUCAUGCGGGGGCUUGCCAAUGGCAAGGCAACCAGCCAACGCAACUCGCGCCAAUUGACCGUGGAAAGGAUGCUUGGCUGUUUCUUGCGGCCUGCUUUUUCAUGGAGGCUCUGGUUUGGGGAUUUGCUUUCACAUAUGGAGUGUUUCAAGCUCACUACAGCUCACUUGAUAUGUUCAAGCACUCUGGGAACAUUGCCGUAAUCGGGACUUGUGCGAUGGGAAUUAUGUACCUUGACCUGCCGAUUGUUUUCGCCCUAUUCAGACGUUGGCCUAAGUACCAGCGGACUGGUUGUGGCAUUGGCGUCCUGAUGAUGUGCCUUGCCAUGGCCCUCAGUUCCUUCGCCACGAAUGUUACGCAUCUGAUUGUUACCCAGGGUGUAUUCUAUGCGCUCGGUGGGAGCAUUGCAUAUUCGCCCUGCAUCCUUCUGAUGGAGGACUGGUUCGAUAAACGCAAAGGCCUUGCUUUCUGUGUCAUGUGGGCGGGGACAGGAUUGGGCGGCGUCAUCCUUCCAUUUGUGAUGGAACGUUUGCUUGAUCGUUUUGGUUUCCGGGUUGCCCUCCGAGCAUUUGCGGUUGCCCUCUUUGUCCUAACAGCCCCGCUGGUCUACUUCGUCAAACCUCGUGUGCCAGCCUCCCAGCGUCCCAGAUCACCUCCAAUGAGCCUCCAUUUCGUGUUCAGUUCGACCUUUGCUCUGUUCGAGAUAUGCAAUAUUAUUGAGGCCCUGGGUUUCUUUUUACCAUCCAUUUACCUUCCAAGUUAUGCCCGCUCUAUAGGCGCACGAGGGAGCAUGGAAGCGUUGGCAGUUAUCCUUUUGAAUAUCGCAUCUGUGAUUGGGUGUGUAUCGAUGGGGGCUGUUAUUGACACAUGGGACGUUACCACGUGCAUUUUGCUUUCCACGAUUGGAUCAAGUCUAGCGGUAUUCCUCCUUUGGGGAUUCUCUUUGUCGCUGGCGCCCCUUCUCGUUUUCGCCGCCGCUUACGGGCUCUUCGCCGGAUCGUAUACAAGCACCUGGCCAGGGAUCAUGCGCGACAUUGUUGAGAAAAAGGGUUCCACCGAUUCAACCAUGGUUUUAGCCUGCCUAUCAGCAGGCAGGGGAAUUGGUAAUAUUGUCUCCGGUCCUUUGAGCGAAGCCCUUCUUCAGAACACGCCUUGGCAAGGCGAAGCGGGUUAUGGUUAUGGGAGUAGUUAUGGGAUGCUUAUUGUGUUCACGGGAGUUACUGGGGUAAUUGGAGGUGGUAGCUUUCUUGCACGUCGUUUGCGGUGGAUAUAAUAUGGCCAUGAUGCUGUAGGUUAAACAAUUAUCUUCAAAGUGAUAAACCAACAAUCCCAAGAGGGACAAGCUGGUGUUGUUUUCAAUGUUGUCAUAAAC